UUUGCUCUCUGACUGUCUAAAUAUAUGUGCAUAUCUACCUCCCUCCAUCUCUCUGAACCACAGCCAACUCAAGUCCUGGUCAGUGGCUCAAGUCUCAGGAUACCCCCAUUUUGCCUUCUUUUGCGAUUUGGGGGGUUGUCCAAAAGACAACAUACAACAUCGAUUUUGUCUGAUUUUUUUUUUUUUAAUUUUGGUUUCUCUUUCUGCAAAAACAUUACUUCGUUUGUUUUUAUUGCUCUGCUUGGUAUUCUUUUAGGUGGAGCAAAGCUCAUUGCCAGCGGUGAGGCUGUAGUGUGUGAAGUUCUUAAUUGUAAGAGGCGCGGACCAGUGGAAGACCCCUGGCUAACAACUCCUUCCUCACUGCACGAGACAUGGAAGAUGAUACCGAUGAUUAAGCUCGUUAGUGGAAUAAUGAUCUGACAGUGGAAUUGUGCCGAUUCUUUUGGUGAAAUUGAUAGAUGCGCUUCGGGAAUUUCAGGAGCCUGUUCUCCUUCACUUAAAGAGCCUCCUGGGAUCCUCCUCCGUGUUAAUCCCUCUCCAUCUCUCCAAGUGCCACUCCGAACAGGAAAAAUCCACAAGAGCGAGAACACUGCAUUUUCUACACCAGCGCGACGUUUUGAUUUUCAUAUUUUUGGUUCUCUCUCUUUUUUGAGUUGAACAGCCUCUGAUUCAUGAUGAUUUUUUUCAGCGGACAACCCGCCUUAAUUGUCAGCACUAUAUUCCAGUGAUUUUACAAAUAAGUCGAGAGAAACUGAGAAGGGGAAAUCAAAUAGUGAUUCUAAAAGUGCACAGUUCAAGAUUUGGGGUGGUCACCAGGGAUUUAAGCCAUCAUGGCAACCGUCCCCAGCUACACCCCAUCAAUAUGGGUCCGGCUGUGUCAUGCCCUUCCUCGUCUGGACCUCACAAUGCAGAUGCGGGAUAAUGCGUUCACACCAGACAGCUGGGAGUACCAGCAGACGCUGCUUGUCCUCUCCAGCUUCUCUGCCAUCGCGCUCAUACUCUCGCUCCUCGUCGUCCUCUCCUUCCUCAUUCACUACUGUUGCUGUCACCGUGGUGACUCGGGCAAUGCCUCCGAUGAAGAGGAGGAAGAUGAUGAUGCUAGUGGUGGUCACGGAUACAGUGGGAGAAAGGGAAGGGGCAUCUGUUGUGUCACAUGGGUUUCUGUGGCAGCGGUCACCCUUUGCUGUGUUGCCAUAGGCGUUGGUUUCUAUGGCAACAGCGAGGCCAACGAUGGGAUGUAUCAGUUGACCUCGUCUCUGCUCACAGCCAAUUACACGCUGGCUUCCAUCGAUCUGCUGGUGUCUGACACCGUCUCCGGGCUGCAACAGUCCAUCUCCGGGCCCCUGACCUCCAUGGAGGACCUUUUCACAGGCAACAAGCCGGCGCUAGUGUCCACGCGCUCCUGCCGCCGCCUCUCCGAGCGGGUGGUGUCCCUCCUGUCCUCCCUGACCCUGGGCCGUGGGCUCGUGCUCACAGACGGGGCCACGGGGAACGGCAGUGACGCCAUCAUCGGGAUGCUGACCCCAGCGCCCCCCUCCAUCGCCCCCACCCUCACGCCUGCCUCCGCCCCCCCCGGGCCAUUCUCACCUGGCUGGGCUGCCAACACCCUCAUGGUGAAUGAAGACUACAGGUGGCUCUCGUAUGUCUUACUCCUCCUGCUGGAUUUGGUUGUGUGUCUUUUCAUCCUGCUGGGUUUGGCUAAACAGGCCCGGUGGCUCCUUAUAUUGAUGACGGUCUUGGCCUGGUUGGCUCUCUUCCUGAGCUGGGGUUCGCUCGGUCUGGAGACGGCCACCGUAGUGGCUCUGAGUGAUUUCUGCACGGACCCAAACACUUUUGUCCUGAACUCCACUAACUUCAACACGGGAACAAGCACAGAUAUAUUGGAUUAUUACCUCACAUGCAGUAGGAGGAUGAACAGCCCUUUCCAGCAGCUGCUGACUCAGUCACAGAGGGCGCUGUCCAGUAUCCACUCCCAUCUCUCCAAUCUGGAGAGAGACGCCCUCCCCCGGUUUCCAAAAGCAGAGAGAUCACUCAGGGAUGUACAGCAGAUCCUGAACUCAACGGAGGGGAACUUCCAUCAGCUCGUGGCAUUACUCAAUUGUCGGGGGCUCAACAAGGACUACAUUGAUUCUUUGAAGGGUCUGUGCUAUGAUGGGAUGGAGGGCCUGCUCUAUCUGUCCCUCUACUCCUUCCUCUCCGCCCUGGCCUUCACUGCCAUCCUGUGUUCACUCCCGGGGGCCUGGAGAAGCUUCGCCAGUGACUCAGAAGACUACGAAGAUUCUGACAGUGAGAGCGAGGACCCCUUCACUUCUCAUCAGGCACGUAGACAGACGGCCAUGGGCUCCCAGCGAGGGGCCUUGCCCCCCUUCUAUAGUUACCAGGGGGCCGGCUGGACACCCCCCUUUUCUAGCGCGCCACCCCUCCCGACUCCAAACGCUUCCUCCAAUGGCAACCCUGGCUAUGAGAGCCUGCCCUUGAUUGACAGGCAGUCCCCACCCCCCUCUUACUCUCCCAGCAUGCUGACCGGCUAUGGGGGUAGUCAAUCAAACCCCAACCCCGCCCAUUCAAGGAAUCUGUAUUCACGCUAAUUAUUUUUUAUGUAUAGAAUUUUUAAAAAAUCUAUAUAUAUAGCAAAUGUUUAGUUUUCAUAUGGAUGGACACUUUACUGAGAUGAAAGACUAAUUAAAAAAAGAAAUGUGAAUGCAACUCGUGGAGUCAAAGGUGUAACGUCAGUACCAUUGAGUAUAAGAAGCACUUAAAUGCAACAGAUUGAAUGGUCGAUUUACAGAUAAAAGCCAUCCAGUAUGCUCGAGAGGUUAAUCCUCACUCAAAGUAACCCCUUUGCAAAACCCCUCCGGUCUGUCUAGUGUCAUUGUGAAUGGUUGCGCUGAAAGCCCAAAUGGUAUUGACGUUACUGUAGUUCUCUAUUUUUUACAUGUAUCACCAUUAUUUUGGAGCUUUUUAUAUUGUUGUAAUGUAGAGUCACAGACACAUAGCAACGAUGGCACAAUUUCAGUGUAUGAUUAUGCAGUGUUCCUCACUUGUUAUUGAGACUUUUUUUUAUUGUUUACUGUACUUUUUUUAUAGGUGGCAACUCUAUAUGACCUUGUAUACCUUUCUGAUACUCUAUAACAUAUAUUCACUGUAAAUGAUGUUUGGUUAUUGAUGCACUUUUCCUCCUUAUGAUACAUUCGUGUGAGGGCUAUGGUGAGCAUCUUCUCUGAUAGCUGAGUAGAAGACUACAUUACCCAACUGGCACUGAGCAAUACAGCCUCUCCCACUGACAAUGACGCAGUGGUUACAAAGUAAGCAGCAAUAAUAAUAUGGACAUUUAACUGAAUAGUGUUGUCUGCGUGUGUCAGGGGUCUGUGGGAUGUUCUGUGAGUGUAUAUAUCUAUACAUAUGCAUAUAAAUAUAUAUAUAUAUAUAGUAUGGUGGACAUUGCAUUGAUCCCCCACCCCUUUCCAACUAGCCCCAUGUUUCUCCAUGUUAUUCCUCAACAUUGACUUUCUAUGGUAUUAAUGCUCCUUUUGAAUGGCAUCCUUUUUCACUACAGAGUCUAAUACAAGUUAAAAAUAAAACCUACUAUAACAUG